CAAAUUUUAUAAACAAUUUUUCAGUAGAUCGAGUAUUCAAUUGACGUGCGACGCGCGACAUAACAGUUGCGGCCGAGCACUCUCUCAUCGAAUUAUACUUAAUAAUUUACAGUGAAAAAAUUAAUUAUAGUCAAACACGAUAGCGUUAUAUUUUAUUAAUACACUGAGGUUAAGUAACAUAGCAAGAAGGCAUGGUUUGCGAUGGCUCUACUUACAAGUACCGUUUUUAAAGAAAGAUUUCUGAUCGCUUUUAAAGAGAACGAAACACUGAACACGACAUGCCAAGAGAUCGCCUUAGAAAUACAAUCUGGACAUACAAAACUAUACACAGUUGUGGAAGAACUUGGGCCUUUUGUAACAGAAAAAGAUGUUAACAUAAGGGAGAAGGGUAUUUUUGCCCUUUCUUCUAUUUUAUCUCAUCUACCCACAGACUUUUUGAAUGAAGCUGAAUUGCAUUUUAUAACAUCAUUUUAUUGUGAUAGACUUAAAGAUCAUCACAGCAUUAUACCAAUAGUAUUAAAAGGAAUUUUGACAAUUGUUCAAAUGAACAACUUGCCUAAGGAUUCACCUGAACGUUUAUUUAGGGUUCUUUUUGACAAUGUUCCAUGCCAAUCUCAAUUAGUGGCAGACCGCCGUAAUAUAUAUAUGAUAUUUGUAACAUUAAUGAAGAGUAGAAUAGAAGAUUUAAAGGCCAUGGGGCCAGAUUUUGUUUAUGGAGUCAUUAGUGCCAUUGAUGGAGAAAGAAAUCCUAGAAAUCUCAUGCUAUUAUUUGGCAUACUUCCACACUUUAUAAAAGAGUUUUCAUUAGGCCAUUUAACUGGAGAAAUGUUUGAUGUCAUUGAAUGUUACUUUCCAGUUGACUUCAAUCCUUCUGGAUCAGAGGCAAUAGGAAUAACACGUGAUGAUUUGGCAGAAAAAUUGGCACCUUGCCUUUGUGCUGUACCAGAAUUUGCUGAAUUUUGUAUACCACUUAUAAUUAACAAAUUAUUCUCCAGUCUUAGAGUGGCCAAGUUGGACUCUUUAAGUUUAUUGCACAAAGGUGUGCAAACAUUUGGUGUUAAAGGCCUUAAACAACAUCUGGCAGAAUUAUGGCCUGCUUUGAGAAAAGAAGUCAUGCCAGGUGGAGAUUUAGAAUUAAAAAAUGCAAGCUUAAAAGCAGUCAUGUCUGUAAUUGAAGUGAUAUCAAGUGAUACUAAGCUUUGUGAAGAUUUCAUUGAUAGUAUAAUCAAAGAUACGAAAUCAUCUUUGUAUGUUGUGCAACAAAGUUUAUUUAGGCCAUCUGUGAAAUUAUUGGAAUGUGUGGCAAUGGUCAAUAAAGAAUCAUGUACACAAGUGUUAAAAGUGAUAGUACCAGUAUUAUGUGGCCAAUAUUCAACCAAGACUUCAACGAAUGACAAAGUAAUUUUAAUUGAAACAUUAAAUAAUUUCAUUAAAAUUGCUUCUGAUAAUAAAUUCCAUAUCAAAGAUGUUCCAGAAUUAGCAUGGAUGGAUAUACCUCAAUUAUAUUUCAACGAAAUAUCGACGCAAUGCACGGAAUUACAAUCGAAAAUAUUGUUCGGCCUAACAAUACAAAAAGCGUAUUUGAACGAAAUGCACCGCACUCAGCUUUAUGAUAUAAUUUGUAGUUUGAGUAAAAUAGGUAACAAUGAAAUAAGGAAGCUUUGCCAGUCAUCCCUUUUAAGUUUCACUACGUUAUAUCCACGUGAAAUAUCGACUCUAAUCAAGAAAAAAUUUCAGUUAAAAUAUGAUGAAGAGGAAACAGAAAUACAAAUUCGUGAACUAGAAGUGUUAGCAGCUGUUGCUAAAACAUAUGAAUUAGGUGUAGAAGUUCUUCCACGCAUUGUAUCACAGACAAAUGCUGUUAAUUCUGAGAUAAGCUUUACAGCUUUAACCUGUCUUCACAGGCUAGUUGCUACAAAACAUAUUGACUACAAUGUUCAGCAUUAUUUGUAUAAUGAAUGCAAUAUUAUUGAAAAAUUGACCACCUUUGAUAUCAAUCCCACGGAUCAAAGAUUUGAUUUGAUUUUAAAUAUCUGUCGACUGAUAGUACGAAAUCUUACGCUCGAAGAACAACAAAACGUUGUCGAUACAUAUGUUCCAAUUUUAAGCCAACAAAUUUCGGAAACUGAUGCUGUUUUAAUCAUAAACAUUCUAAUUCCUUUACGUCAAAAUAUCGAUUUAACAAUAAAUUUAGAUUUGUUACAAAAUCUCGCGAUUAAUAGUAAGCAUUUAAAUAUAAGGCUUCUAAUGUGUAAAUGUAUUGCUGUAAUAUUAAACAAAAUUAACGAUAACAAUGAGUAUUUCCAAAAUAUUUUAUCGUAUCUUAAAGCAAAAAUAAAUAAUAAUUUAAAUUCAAAUAUUGAUGUCGAAAUGAAAAAAGCAACAGCUUCUUUGCAAUUGUGGCUAACAAAAGCCAUCAUUACAAAAGGUUCCUGUGAUGUUGAAGUGUUUUUGAACGAACUUAUAAAUAUUUUUAAAGAUGAUCAAGUAGGUCAGUAUAUAGCCCAAGAGUAUAAAAUUUUGACAGAUAGAUACGAAGACGCUUUAGUGAACGAAAAUUUUUGUAAUGUAAAAAUUUUUUAUAAACAACGAGUAUUUGAACAUUUAAUUAAAAAGAAUUCUGAAUUCGAAAAUACAUCAAGACAAAACUAUUUAACUGCAUUAGUACAGCUACUAGAAGAAGUAUCUGUUGAACUUUUAUUUAUGCAUUUAACUAAGUUGGUCCCACCUUUGAUAGAAUCAUUGUCCCUUGAUAAUGAACAAUUAGUCUUUUCAUCAUUGAUAACAUUGAAACCUCUAUUGGAAACCAAACAUGUUAUUUUUUCUGAUAAAGCACAAUGUUUUAUUCCAAGAUUUUUAAAGUUAUCUGUCUAUAAAACAAUGCGGGUCAGGAUAGCGGCUUUAGAAUGUUUAACAAAUUACUGUAAUUAUCCAACAAUUCUAAUUAACACGUACAAACAAGAUGUAUUAGAAAAAUUAGCAGCUCCAAUUGACGAUCCAAAACGUUUAGUCCGAAAAGCCGCAACACAAGCAAGAACACGAUGGUUUUUGGUUGGCGCGCCAGGAGGACUUAAAGAGGAAUGA